AUCUUUCUCUUCACAGCCAUCUUUCUCUUCACAGCCAUCUUUCUCUUCCGCACGCGGUAUUGCGUAUAUUGCACAAAAUCAAGCCAUCAGACCUUCAGCUCAGGACCUCAGACUCUAGACUCGUAUCGCAUUGCGAGCGUCCUUCGUAUCGACAGCAUAGUCGUACGCCAACAUCAGUUCCUCGAUGCCACCCAAACCCAAAGACGAAACCACCAUGCCCCCACGCGUACCUCCGCCAGAAACGGAGUAUCAACCAAAAGCCUGGGCUGCCUAUACCGACCUCUCAUCAGCGAAUGAGAAGGAGCCGCUCGUCGACGGCGCCGAAUGCCUCGAAGUUGGCCUCAAUGGCAAGUCGAAGUCCGUCAGAAACGCUCGCCAAGAGCGUGGAAUCGAAAGCCGACAGAUGAUGCUUAGGGUCUAUACCAAGCUCAGCGACACGUUCCCCGAGCAGAUCAAGGUUGUCGUUGCUUGCCACAAGGAGGGAGAACACUUCAACUCGCGCAGCAUCCCCAUCGCCAAUGCGUAUUGGUACCCCGAGUUCUACCUAGGUAUGAACGAGGAGUGGAACGAUCGUGACAAGCAGAGCUAUAUCACUGGCAUGGUCAAUUGGUUCGUCGCCGACUGGAAGGAAAAUCCCCAAGACGAACGCCCCUCGAGCAAGCCACUAUCUCUGGCGUUCCCAUGGCAGUGUGUACCCAUCCUCACCGUGACGAUGAUGGACAUGAUGUCGAACAUGGCGCCGCACGUGAAGUUUCACGGAAACACCGCCACAGAUGGUAGUUACCGUUUCUUGCACGACGGUGCUCCAAUGUCAUCGGAGCAGUGCGUCCAACUACCGCGAGAACUAAAGGCCGCACAUAUGCACAUGGAUGAGGUUUCCACUGCGACAAUCAAGUUAACUCACCGCACCCUUUAGCAACCUCAAGCAGACGGACAGCGCCUAGUAGACCAGUUGUUGCCACCCAUGUUGCCGACCUUCCUGGCCGGGUGCGAUGUGACACUCGAAGAAGAAGGAUAUCAAACAGUCCAAAAGGGAAUUCCACAUGUGCUCUAAGUAUUGGGACAGCAUCUUUGAGCGGUAUUGAUAGGCACACUAUAUACUUGUUGAGUGAUACGUUUCAAAUGUACUGCCUUGUCCUAGUUAUACGUUAGUACAUAUUCAGUGACCUGAUGCUUUACUUAUUGCAGCAGCCCUACGCUCUUGUCUAAUGUCCUAUCAAUGGUUGAUUGAUUUAUAGUACCUAACAAUGACCGAAGCUUACUUGUACCUAUAGCCAAAAUCAAUCAAUCAAUGACUGGCAUUGGGCCCGAACUUUGCUAUGUUGCUUCGCGAAGACUGAAAGCUUGCGUUUGUUACGCAGGUAGUGACCGGG